GACUAGCGACGCGGUAACGUCACGCCGACUUCCGGCGGAAGCGGACGCCGGUACCGAGUGUGGCCUGAGCGGACGCGAGAGCGCAGCUGACCUGAGAAGACCCUCUUCCGGCUCGGGCGAUGGCGUUGGAACCGGUGCCGAGGAAGGACUGGUACAGCGUGCUGGGGGCCGACCCGUGUGCUGACGUGUCAGACCUGAAGCAAAAGUAUCAGAAGCUCAUAUUAAUAUAUCACCCAGACAAGCAGAGCACCACCACACCAGCAGGGACACUGGAGGAGCGUCUGCAGAAGUUCAUUGAGGUGGAUCAGGCAUGGAAAGUUCUGGGGAAUGAAGCUACAAGGAAAGAAUAUGACCUGCAGCGGCAUGAAGAUGAGCUCAGAAGUAUGGGACCUGUAGACGCUCAGAUGAAUCUUAAAGAAAUGUCUUGGAAUGAAGGUGACCGUUCUUUCUCUCUGAGCUGCCGGUGCGGUGGCAGAUACCUUGUUUCUGAGCAGGAGGCGGCAGCCGUGAGCCUGGUUCCCUGUGACACGUGUUCACUGAUGGUGGAGCUCCUUCGUGACAGCUGAGCUGUGCAGUCGCACCCUGCCAGGAGAGGCUGACUGGAAGCCACCAUGGAGUAGUAGAAAAUGAACUUCCUCAUAUAUGUGGACUUAGAAUUCAUAUUUACAUUGCCAAAGAAAAGACUUCAAUUAUAAAUUGUAUUUUGUGGAGUGAUAUCUGAGAACUUGUUUGCUCCUUGGAAAAUAAGAAUUUUCUUUUUCAGACUUGAGCGUGUCUCUCCUGUGUUGGCUCACAGCCCAUCCAUUCCUUUACAGUGACUUGGUUCUGAUCUGCCAGAGCUGCUUCUGGCUGCCGGAGGCGCAGGCCCGGUGGCCUCUCUAUGGAUCAGAACCCCUGUGGGAUGCACAGAGCUGGUUCUCCCAUGAGCAAGGCUGGGUGAGGGUGGCAUGGGGCAGCAGCAGCUGGGAGCCCUGGCUGUGAGCACUGCCAUCCUCAUGUGAAACGCAGGGAACGGAAACUUAAAGAAGCGACCGGAAACAGGUGCUUCCCUCUGCCUAUUCCGGAGCCUUGCAAUGGGACCACACUAUCUACAUUACGGGUUCCCUGGGAUGAUGAACCGGACUCGUGGACUGUGGCACGUGAGGUGUCAUUCCCUUGUAUCUGAUGCAGUGCUGUUUCCUUCGCUUGUCGAACAGCUCCAUGCCUGGACUUACUUGAACUGUCUACCACUUGAACAGCAAAGUUCGAAAAAAUCUGCUCAGUGUUCGUAACGUUGCUAGAGAGUUGAGCGAAAAUCCAACUAGACAAAACCUGUACGGGCCAAGAGUGAAUCACACGUUGCAUCUCUCGGUGGACACAGGGUCGAUGCCUCACUCCAAGCGCCACUUUGGCCCAGACCACAUUCAGUCAUCGUGUUUUUUUGGGGGUAUUAUUUGCAUAAAAUAUUGUAACCAUGGCCCCAAAGAAAGUGAUAGCAGUAAGGCUAAGUGCAAAACUGAGAAACAGAGUUAAAAAAAUUGUGAAAUUUGAAAUAGGUCGCUGCUUGUCU